AUGUCGUGGGCUCUUUGUAUUUUGUUUUUUCUAUUGCAAACAAAUGCCUUGACGGAGAUAGCCAAUGGCAUCAAACUACAACUUAGUCAUGCAUCAUUGGUUUUCGAGAACAACCUUAGUCAUGAACAAAGAAAUCAAAGACUUCUCAGUCAAUCCUAUGCAUCAUCACUAGUAUCAAGAAAAUCUAAAAAUCCUAAUUUGCUGAUCAGACCACAAGUUGGUAUACAAUCUCCUUACUAUUACAUGGUAAAAAUCGGCAUCGGGACUUUCAAACCUGAACCCCGUUAUCCAUCAUUCAGAUCAUACUAUUUAUACAUGGACAGUGGCAGUGAUCUGCUGUGGAUGCAGUGUGAAGGGUGCAGGGCAAGUGGCGGUAGAUGCUUCCCACAGAAAGAGCCCGUUUACCCAAAUAACAGGUCAAGUUCUUACCGACCCAUCCUUUGUAAUAAAAACAACAACAGCCUAUGUGAACCAAAUCACUGUAUCAAUGGUUCAUGCUCGUAUAACAUGAGUUACUUAGACAACACCUUCUCAUCGGGCAUUCUUGCUUCCGAAAACUUUGUAUUCAAUUCAGAUGUUGGAAGAACCGAGGUUGUAAGAAAUCUCGUAUUCGGCUGUGGAGUUUAUAACAGGAAAACCUAUGGUAAUAGCAGCAAUCAAAUUGCAGGAGUAAUGGGUCUUGGGUGGGGUUCGUAUUCCAUUGUCGCUCAAGCUAACUCUAUAACUCGAGGCAUAUUUUCUUAUUGUCUUCCACCGGUCGACAACAAGAACACUAGCAACUGGCCUAUUACAUAUUUAAGAUUUGGUGGUGAUGUAAUAAAACGACCGGAUUUAAAGGUCACACCGUUGCUACGUGUUAAGGAUCAAACGGUCUAUCAUCUGGUUUUACAAGGUAUUAGCAUCAACAACAAGAGAUUGACGAGCCUUUCUGAUCGGGAUUUUCAAUUGAGAGGUGAUGGCUCCGGUGGCUGCAUAAUUGACUCGGGCACUCCAUUUUCAAGACUCGUGCAACCGGCUUAUACGGUGUUGAUAAAAGCACUAAAGAGGCACUUUUGGAACCGGAGAAGUUCAAAGCUGAAUUUAGGGGGGCUUGAGCUAUGCUACGAACGAAGAAAAAACGAAGGGUAUAAAAACCUUCCCAGCAUGACCUUUCAUUUCAAGAAUGCUGAUCUUGUGGUUAGGCCGGAAUCGCUGUUUCUUGUGUUGGACAAGAUUGGUUCUGUCAAAGGCGAAUACUUUUGUUUGGCAAUAAUUCCGAGCGAUUUUAUUAGCGUACUAGGAUCUUAUCAACAGACGAACCAACGUUUUGUUUACGAUACGAAACAAAAUCAGCUGCUCUUCGGUCCUCAAGAUUGCUCGAAAGAUGCUUAA